AUGACGGCAAGUAAAGUGGGUAAUCAAGAAGUAGUAAAGGCUCGGGCAGAUACAAACGUAUUGAACCCAGAUGCCCCGGAGUUUAAUCCGACAGUUAAAACAGGAGGGAAGUUGAACGCGGAUGCGCCUGAAUUCGUACCAGGGCAGCUGCCGCCGUACGAUUCACUGCUCCUAGGAGUCCCAGACAUGAAGGGAGGAUUUAAAAACGGACACGUCCCUGGUUAUCGGAUAUCGCACCAGGACCCAUACGUGCCAAUGUGGAUCUCACAAACAUACCCAAUGACUGUGCCCUAUGGCCAAGUGUACCCCAACUCACCAUACGAGUACAUCCCAUACGACUACACACGCCAGACACAGAAUUAUCCAAUCCAGAGAAACGUAUACCCCCCUCCAAUACAUAACGAAUAUACACUAAACAUGCCAUAUAAUUUGGUGGCGCAAGGAAAGUCGAAGUUAUCGAAGCCGAAGCCUAAAGCACAUCCCACACAGUUAACACAUAGUAAUAGUCAGUCAUCAUAUACUAAUUCACAGUCAACACAUAGUAAUGGAACACACCCAGCACAUUCAAUUAAUAAUAUUGGCAAGGAUCUGGUGGAAAAUUUAUCAAUGCAAACCACCAAAGAUACUACUAGAGAUUACAAAUCAGUGACGGCAAACGAAGUCACGGAAAAUAAACCACUGACAUGGGCCGAAAGGACAAAACUCUCAACAACAAGACAACAACCCCCAACGAUAAUUCACACACCAACAGCAUUAAAUGCCACGCAAGGAGUUAAAGAAAAGGAUAAGGACCAUAAACCCAAGAGUAAUCGAGAGUUAAGAAAGGAAAAGAGUAAAGAAGAAAGAAACGCACUAAAAGAUAAGUCGGGCCAUAGUGAUAAGGGUUUGUACACUGAUAGUAAACUACACAAUGAUAAAUUAAACGAUAAUUCAACACACACGGAUAGUAAACCACACUCAGAUGUAAAACCGCAUAGUGAUAAAAUUUCAAACGAAAAGGAAGAAAUAUCAUAUGCAAAAGUUUUUAAAGAAGCAGUAAGAUCAACACCAGUUCGAACAAAUUUUGCUAAACCAAAUGAUACACAUUCAUCCAAUACGCAUAGUACAAUUUCCUCAAACGCUUUUAAUACCACUUCCUCAACCACAUAUACAUGCACAGUUUCCUCCAAAUUGGAUACAAGUACUCAAACAGUUCCACCUAAACUAAGUGUACCAACUAGUAGUUCUAAACUAGAAGUUCCGAUUAAAAGUACUAGACUAGAAGUUGCAAGUAGUAGUGCUAGUGUAGAUGUACCAAGUAAUUUGCCAGUUAAACCAGAAGUAUCUAAUAAAUUGUCCUCAGUGCCGACUAGUUUCCCUAGUAAAUCAGAACCUGUUUCAACUACAGGUGCCGCAAAGGUAGAAGUUACGAGUAAAAUAGAAGUUAACGGAGAUGUGGAAACAAAGGAGGAAUGUGGACUUGAAAAGGUGGAUGAAGCAAUAGUAAAUAGAGAUACGACGAAAACUAAGUUGUUAGAUUCACCGCAAUUUGCAUCAUCAAGUACGGAUGUGAGUGCAGAGUAUAUGCCAUCCCCGACAAGUUCAGACUAUACAGUAAAGGCUCUGUUGGGCUACUACGUGUAUUUACUGGAUAACAGUAAGCUUGUAGAGGAGAUUAGGCGCCGUUAUAAGCUUCCACACAUACAUUAUUCAACGACAAGUACGUCUACGAAUGCGUCAAACACAACAUCAAAGGGAUAUAAGGAUAGAGAAAGAGAAAGACAAGAUAAGAAUGAUAAGAAGGAUUGGAGGCAUAAAAACUAUGAUAAAAACUUCGGGUCAAAUUUCAGGCAUAAGGAGUUCACGAGAGCCUCGAGUGAGUUCACACCACCAGUCGUAGCAAGCGAGGGCUCGUGGGUUAUGAAGCAGGCUAAGCAGAAGAAUGAUAAGGAAUUGCUGCUGAGGAGGAAGAUAAUGGGUCUAUUGAACAGGCUCACGUUUGAGAAAUUCGACAUUAUCUACAACCAGAUCAUAGAGUGCGGAAUUGACACGCCAGAGCACGCGGAAAUGCUGGUCAGGUUCGUAUUCGGAAAAGCAGUCACACAGCACCACUUCAUACCAAUGUACGUCGAACUCUGCGCUAAACUUGCAAUUGACCUCUAUACAAUUGAUAACACAAAUCAAGUAAACGGAAGUAAUGGUAGUGCUAGUGCUAAUUCAACGGGAAGUAGCUCAACAAAUGGAGCCAGCUCGACGAAUGGAAGUACCUCAAGUAGUGAUGAAGUAGUGGAUGUUAAGAGUAAUAGGAAGAGUGAUUUCAUGCGUAUCCUGCUUAACUGUAGCCAGGAUAGUUUUGAAGAUAAUUUAAAACCAUUGGAAAUACCAAGUGAGCUGGAAGGAGAUGAUAGAUUUGAAUAUGAGCAAAAGUACAAGCACAAGAUGAGAGGAAAUAUGAUUUUCGUGGGAGAACUGUUUAAACAGAAGUUGUUGGCAGCAAAGCUAUUGAUCACAUGUUUGGAUCAGGUCUUUUUGAAGCGCGAGGAGUGCAUUUUAUUAUACGACGACGUUAACAUGGGUAAUAAUCACCUGGAAGCAAUGUGUACGCUGCUGCAGACAGUGGGCAGGAGCUUUGACACGAACCGCUGGAAACACUUGUCUGAAUUUGAGAAGCGAAUCCAGCACCUGGAAGACUUGGGCAAAAACGAACUGAUCUCGUUCAGGAUAAGGUGCCUGAUCAAGAAUGUGUUGGACAGUAGAAUGGACCACUGGGACAAGUCGGUAUACCAGAAACACCAAGAACAGCCGUGCAAGCUCCAGGAACUGAGACACAAGCAUUCAUCCGCAGCAAGCCUAGUCAGCCUCUCGCAGCCUAAACCCGAAAAAACUGAACGUGAUAAGGAAGACGUGUGGCGAAUGAGAAACCGCAAAAACAAGUCCUCAUCAUCCUCGAAUCUCAACUCUAUGACAAUUAAACAAGAUAAGCAUCGUGAUAAACAAAAAGACCCAUUUGAACGUAAAGUGUAUAAAUUAGAUUCACAAGAUUUACAACACAACGACUAUAAGGAAGAGUAUAAUAUGGAGAAAGAGGAGGAAAACGAAGUGGUCGAGGAUAUGUAUAAAAGUGUAAACUCAAUAGUAUCAGAACUGGUAUUAUCGCAUGAUGAAGAGGAGGCUUCCUUGAGAGUGGAGGAGUUAAACUUGUCUGAGGAUAAACUCGACGAACUGUACAGAAAUCUCAUCAUCUCGUGCAUGGAAAAAUGCUCCAAAGUUAACACUGAAAAAGAAGCUGAAAUUGUCACCCAUUGGAUACUCAAUCUAGCUCAACAACAUCAAUCAUUAAAUCAUUUAUUAAACAGUGUUUAUGAAUAUGUUAUUGGAGAAGAUGAGAAUAGUAUGAGUGUGAUGGUAGAGGAUUAUCCGUUGUUGCCGAGGACACUGUCGCUACUAGUCGACUGGAUGCGACCGCAGUUUGUAAACUCGGACAAAUUCAAACUCACUUUGACGCAUUUAAAUUUGUAA